CGCCCCUUCCGCGAAGAAGAGCAGCCGCAGCAGCCGCAGCAGCGCCGCCCCCAGCCCCAGUCCGGAGCCACUCCAUGGGGCCAGGGCCAAAUGGGCAGGCACCCGCUUCAAUCCUGGGGCUCGGCCUACCUCCGUUGCCGUGGCAACCGCCGCCGGGUCGCCAGGGGACGGGGACUUCCGGCCUCCCGACGCGGGCGCGGCGGAGGCGGAACUUCCGCUUUCUCCUCGCUCUCCUUCCGGCGGCGGAAACACCCGGAUGAAGGAUGUCCGCCAGGCGCGAGGGGCCGCCCAAGCUGCGGCUGCUCUGUCUCCAUGGUUACCGGCAGAACGCGGGCAGCUUCUGGGCGCGCAGCGGCGCCCUGCGCAAGGCGCUGCGCGGGCGCGCAGAGCUGCUGAGCCUCGACGCGCCGCACGUCAUUGUCGCGCAGCCAGGAGAGGCAGCGCCAGACCCGCCAGAAGCUGACGGCCGGGGCUGGUGGUUUUCCGGCCCGGAGGGGACAACUUUCCAUGCCCUUGAAGAAGCCGCUUCCUGUACCGGCCUGGAGGAGUCGCUGGAGGCGGUCGCCAAGGCCUUCCUGGAGCAGGGCCCCCUCGACGGGCUGCUGGGCUUCAGCCAGGGGGCGGCGCUGGGGGGCAUCCUCUGUGCCCUGAAGCAGCGCGGAGACCCCCGCUUCCCCUUUGGCUUCGCCAUCCUCGUGGCCGGCUUCAAAAGCCGGGCCGCCGACCACCACGGCUACUACCAGGAGCCCAUCUGCGUGCCGAGCCUCCAUGUCGUGGGGGAGACGGACCAGGUCAUCCCCGCCCGGAUGAGCAGAGAGCUGGCCUCCCAGUUCACAGAUCCCGUCACCCUCAGCCACCCCGGCGGGCACUUCCUCCCGGCCUCUGCCCCCCAGAAGAACGCCUACCUGGAAUUCCUGGAUCAGUUUGUAAAAUGACAGGCUGGGUGCAGACCAGCCCCCAGCUAGACUUGGAGGCCGGAGGCCUCAGACGUGUGUUGAAAGAAGGGGAGCAACUACAUUUGUAGGAUGGACUACAACUCCUAUCAGCCCAAGGCCAUUGUGGCGGGGAACGGUGGGAGUUGUAGUCCAACAUCGGGGGGGCGGGGACCUGGGUUUGUGCACCUCUGGAGUAAAGCACUCUCCAGCCUGUUUUCAGCGGCCUCAGACAUGCCCAGUUCUGUGUGGGAUUCUGGCCCCAUAGGCAGUCCGCUGUGGGGCUGGGUCAAAGUGGAGCACACACUCAUCCCUCUGCUUGAAGGGCUUGCCAGGGACCAGAGAAACGGUUGGUUUUGGAACGGCUGGAAUGAGUUCGUGAGCUCUGAGAAGUCCUGUGUCUGCUUCUGUUUUGGAAAGUAUCAAUAAAUAUUUCGUAAGGAA